UAUCUCUCUUACCCCACCGGAACCCUGCAGAAACUAGAGGAGGAGAAGGAGAAAGAACGGCAGCAGAUUGAGAAAGAGAGGAGAGAAAGAGACAAAGAGAGAGAGCGAGAGAAAGAGCGACGUGAUCGGGAGAGAGAGAAGGAGCGGGAGAGAGAGAGACAGAAGGAGAGAGAAAAGGAGCGAGAGAGAGAGCGAGACCGUGAACGUGAAAGAACGAAGGAGAAAGAGCGGGAGAAUGAGAGAAGUCGUGAUCGCAGUAAAGACAGAAGCAGGUCAAGGGAGAAGAGUCGAGAAGAGAAGAAAAGAGAGCGCGAGGAAGAUGAGGAGGAGGCGUAUGAACGACGGAAGCUGGAGAGGAAGCUACGUGAAAAGGAGGCAGCCUAUCAGGAGCGCCUGAAGAACUGGGAGAUCAGAGAGAGGAAAAAAGCAAGGGAUUACAGUAAAGAAACAGAGAGAGAAGAGGAAAGACAUAGAGAGAUGACUAAAGAAGCCAAACGCUUGAAAGAGUUCCUGGAGGAUUAUGAUGAUGACAGAGAUGAUCCCAAAUACUACAGGGGCAGUGCGUUGCAGAAGCGAUUGAGAGACAGAGAGAAGGAGCUGGAAUUAGAUGAGAGGGACAGAAAAAGAGAGAAAGAUGAGUUGGAGGAGAUCAGACAGAGACUCCUAGCAGAAGGACACCCAGACCCUGAUGCUGAACUUCAGAGGAUAGAGCAGGAGGCCGAGAAGCAGCGGCAGCCUCCUCUAAAGCAAGAGCAGAGCGAGGAGGUGCUACACAUCUCCUGUGAGGAGCAUCAGAGAAAAGGAGGCGUGGAGCAGGAGGCGUACUCCAUAGACAAUAACAUUACAGACCGAGAGGAAGACGAAGAGGAGGAGGAUGAUGACCGAGACGUCAAGCCAUGCUUGAAGCCCACACUCAGACCAGUUCCCACGGCGCUCUCUAUUUCUUCAGCGAGUGGCAGUGCCACACCCCUCACACCUGGCAGCGAAUCACCACGUGGCGUCACGUCGCAUGAGAACUCUUCACAUGAGGCCCCGCCUACAGAAGAGCUCAGGCCUAAAAUAGGCCUUAGUCUCAAACUAGGUGCUGCGGGUAGUCCUAAACUGCCCCAGGCAGGAAGACGAAAAGCUCUUGCUGCGGUGGACAGUGUCUUUAAUAAGUUUGAUGAGGAGGCGGCAGAGGAAGCACCAAAAAAGAGGAAGCUGGUACCUCUCGAUUACAGUGAGGAUGAGAGGGGAGGCCUGAGUCUAGAUGGAGCAGAGGUCACAGGGUCACGGCCUGGUGUAAACACAGAAGAGAAACGAAAACAUAUCAAGAGUCUGAUUGAGAAAAUUCCCACAGUCAAACAAGAGCUGUUUAAUUAUCCACUGGACUGGAACAUGGUGGACACGGCAUUGAUGGACAGGAGGAUCCGCCCCUGGAUCAAUAAGAAAAUCAUAGAAUAUAUUGGAGAAGAGGAAGCCACACUAGUCGACUUUGUCUGUUCAAAGGUCAUGGCUCACAGCACGCCAGAGGGAAUUCUGGAUGAUGUUGCCAUGGUACUGGAUGAGGAAGCAGAAGUGUUUAUAGUGAAAAUGUGGAGACUUCUGAUCUACGAAACAGAGGCCAAGAAAAUCGGCCUUGUGAAAUAACAUGAACUGAGAGUGAUAGAAACGCAGGUGAGAGGAAGAAGUGAAUCUGGCUUCGCUCUCCUGCUUUUAGAGCCUUUAAAUUAAAGUAUGGUGGAUGAACGCCACAGACUGAUGCACUUCAACUCUUCCUAUAUACUCCAGAGUAUUAACUGCACAGCUACUGGUGUGAAUGAGUGUGUGCAUGUGCACACUGAUGUGUGUGUGUGUGUGUGUGUGUGUAAGGCAUGUGCCAGUUGGUUUGACUGCAUUGCCAAAACCGUGUAAAAGUCAAAAGCUUCUUUCAUGCCCAGAUUAAAUGGGGAGUCUAGUUUGGCUGGCUGUUUUCCAUUUGACUUAGUUGUAGAUUUUAUUUCAUUCUUUUCAGUCUCCAAUUUUUAGCACAACCAAUUUAAAUCAGCUUACAUUUGUCCUUUUAUUAUUCGAGCCUCAUUACAGGAAAGUAUGAUGAUUUUUUUUUCUGUGCUGUAUUAUUAUACAAAAAAUAAUUUUUGCAUAAGGAUUAAAUAUCUCACUGUAAACAAGCUGAAUGAAGCCAUACCUGUGGAGAUACAGGGCUUGUCUGGUUUUGCGGCAGUGGUUUUGAAUGUGGUGUAUUUUGCACAUACCAGCCCAUCUGAAGGUUUGUUUCCAUGGUGAUUGAUUUGACUUUGAAAUAUUAAAAUGUCUGAUUUUCUAAACUA